GUGGUCCGUCAAAGACGCUCGCAGGGAGAACAGCUGAGACGCGCGGGCUCUCCUUCCCAGAGGACCCAAGGGACGAAGAAGACGCGAAAUGUAGAAAAGAGAGGCCGAUGAAGAACGCCCGAAAAGAGCGCCUGCUUCGUCAUGGUCCAGGUCGGAACAUGCACGCAGUGUCUCGACAGAGGGAGACGGAAUGCAUCGUUCUUCCUUCCCACUGUGUCGACCUUUCUGCUGCUCUUCCACCUGCUCACUUUAUCCUCUGCUGUCGCUUCUCGCUGUCUUCUUUGUACCACUCUUAUCUAUUCUUUCUACUCGCGAGGCUCUCGCGUUUAUCAAGUCUCUACCUCUCUUCCCCCGCAGCCUUCGGAGGUGCCGCUUCACGGGCGGUUCUCCGUUUUUCUCUUCUGUCUCUCUUUCUUCUGCGUCGGUCUCGACCCGGCUGCAGGUCCGCUCGCGUCGGGGGUACCGAAGAAGAGAACAGAAGAGACAACCAUGGCAGAAGCGAGAGGAAGACGAACAAGUCGGAGAGAAGCGCCGGGCAGAGCAAAGGGGACGCAGGCGAGAGGAGGCGACACGGAGGGAAGAAAACGGAGAGUAGAGCGAACCAUAUGGGGAAGAGCAAGGAAAGAGGAGCAGAGAGAGGCGGUGAGGAGAAACAAAGGAAAGAUUGCAGAAAAGGGAGGCGCGGACAGGAGAAGACGAGACAGACCCACGGUUGCUUCUUUCGGGAAGAGGAACCGAGCCUGGGCAGCAGAGAAAGGCAGGCGGAACGCAAGUCGUCUCCCUUUUUCUUCCUGGCAAAGACAAGCAAUACAGAAGCACUGGGCUCGCAGAAUGCCACGGAAACCCUUCGCUGAGAAAGAGGAACAGGAGUUUUCGACUUGACACAACAGCGCAGCAGCGCAGCUGCACAGCUGCGACAGCGCUCAGGGGCAACGGCUAGGCGAGAAAGGAAAGCAAAGAGGAGUUCCGGGAGACGAAAACGGCGAGGUGCAGACGCGCGGAUACCUG